AUGUUGUUGAAACUAAAGGACAUUCAUCAGCAAAUCCAAGUCGAAGGGGAAAAGUGGUUUGAAACAAGAAGUGAUCUAUUGGAUGGAUUAACCCCUUUCCUAACGAAUGUCGAGGCAGUUCAUGAUAGUUCUGAAGAGUUGUUGAAGAUGAUCAAGAAAGUGGAUGCGUACACAACCAACUUAGAGAAGAGAGUGCAUGAGAUGUUCUAACAAAGAUAAAGAUUCGAGUGUUACUCUUUUUUUUCAA